UCGUUCUGAAUUCUGUAAACCCUCACCACCACCGCACGCGCGCUCCAAGAGCAAGGGCUAUUCAGCUGCCGCACACAAGCAGUCACGGACCGACGGGUUUAAAGAACUAAGGAUUUAAAUUAAAUACGGAGUGAGAGAGACGUUGAGCCUUGGGUGAGGGAGGGAUAGAGACUGAUUUGUAUCUUCACCAGAUCGGGAGGGGGAGGAGGCACGGAGAAUGAGCUAUUCUUGUACCAGCACAGAGGCUGUGUGUAAUAGUCAGGACGCACCUAACGCCAGUGCGAGGAAAGCAGCUACUAAUAAUACGAACAGUGGCAGCGGAGGUCUCGAGAGCAGCAGCAGCAGCAUCACUAGUUCACGGCAGUCGCAACCCAAACCGCUCGUGGCCAUGAAAGUGAAGAAAGGCUGCAACUCCACAGAUGCUGGGGUCGCGGUUACAUCGGAAGACGAGUUGCUAAGAAACCCCGUAAUAUCGCCUGAGGAUGUACUUGGGUUACAGAAGAUCACCGAAAACUACCUAUGUUCCCCAGAGGAAAACGUUCACAUGAUCGACUUCACACGGUUCAAGAUCCGAGACAUGGAGACAGGGACGGUGCUGUUUGAGAUCACCAAACCCCCUGCACCAGCGGGCGAAAAGAAGGACUUUGACCCCAACGGAGGCCGCUUUGUCCGUUACCAGUUCACCCCUGCCUUCCUGCAGCUGCGCCAGGUCGGAGCCACUGUGGAGUUCACAGUGGGAGACAUGCCCAUCAACAACUUCAGGAUGAUUGAGAGGCACUACUUCAGAGAGCAGCUCCUCAAGAGCUUUGAUUUUGAGUUUGGUUUCUGUAUGCCCAGCAGCAAGAACACCUGUGAACACAUCUACGAGUUCCCCCCUCUGUCAGAGGACAUCAUGCGUGAGAUGAUCCUUCACCCAUACAAAACGCAGUCUGACAGCUUCUACUUUGUGGACAACAAGCUGGUGAUGCACAACAAGGCAGACUACUCCUACAGUGGGAGUCCGUAGGAGCACAGGACCCCCCUAGACACCUAGACCCAACCCAACUCCAACUCAAACCCACCCAUGGGACCAUGGACAGACAGACAGACAGACAGAUGACGAACGGAGAGACGUAUGGACGGACUGACAGGUCACAAGCAACAGGACUGAUGGACAGCCUCUCUCACUCUCAGCAGCUUUAUUUCUCCAAUCAGAAUUCCCCCAUUGCUUGUUAUCCCCUCAAUUGCAAUCCCCUACUCCAGUCUCUUGCAAUGACCUCUCAACUUGUGUUUCUGUGUCUGAUAGAGAGUGUUGUAGAUGUGUACACAUUCUAGCAUACAUAAACACACACAGACCUUCGCUAUGGGACACAUCUGAUGUGGCCUGAUCUAGAUAAAAUAAAAGCACAACCAGGACAGUAUAUAAGGGCCAGUCACAAUGAGUGAGAUUGAAUGUCUAGUCAGUGUGUUCUCAAGGCCUCAGUCAAUCUGCUAAAGAGAAAAAGAGAGCGGGAAAGAAAGAAAAAGGAGAGACAGAAAAAAUGAAGAGUGAGAGAAAGAGAGAGAGAGAUAGAGAGAGAUAGAGAGAUAGAGAGAUAGAGAGAUAGAGAGAUAGAGGGUCUGCUUAUUUGCACUUCGUCUCAUUGACAUUUAGCUAUUUAAACAACAGAGACAGACAGACAGACAGACAGACAGACAGACAGACAGACAGACAGACAGACAGACAGACAGAC